ACACAAGAAGGGAGAGCAUUAAUAGAUAACGUUGAUUGCACCAGCGUAUGUUGACGUGCUACCGAUACAGCUUCUGGCAGAGCGCGUCUGGGCUAUUUUUGUAAUGGUCAGUCAGUCUACAGCUGUUGCUACGUGACGCACACGUCAAGGAUGUACGAGUUGGCAUUUCUCCUGGUGGUGGCGGUGAUUCCACUAACCUGGGCAGUGACCUUGGUGCAGGAGGUCAGCUUGGGGGAGACUGCCAUACUCAAGUGUCCCAGCAACGAUGACAACCACCGCUUCCAGUUCUGGCAGCUCCAGACUGAGAACCUGGUCAUUGGUCCCACAAACCACUUCAACAAGGACAAGUACAAGUAUGAUGUUCUCACUGGAAAACUACACAUCAGGGGAGUGUCUUCUAAUGAGCACGGUCUAUACACUUGCGUCUGCAAGCACAUCACGGAUAAUUCAUUCUUCUCAGAGACAGUAGAGCUUCUAGUCAAGCGGGACUGGGAGGACGUUUACGAGACAGACCCAUUUACGAAUGUGUUCCGUAUAACGUUGACAGUGGUUCUACUGAUAAUACUAGCAGCUCUGGUCUUUGUUAUUUAUAACUCUUGGUUGGACAGAACAGCAAGGUUCAGAGCCUUGGCUACAGAUGAAGAGUCUCCUGAUGAAGCUGGCUCGUCUCACAGAACUGCCGGGACCAACCUUCGACCUCUCACUAGUCUGUACACUCACUAUUUCUAAUAGACUGAUGUUCUCUCUCUAGCAUUGGCUACAGAUGAAGAGUCUCCUGAUGAAGCUGGCUCGGCUCACAGAACUGCCGGGACCAACCUUUGACCUCUCACUAGUCUGUACAAUCACUAUUUCUAAUAGACUGAUGUUCUCUCUCUAGCCUUGGCUACAGAUGAAGAGUCUCCUGAUGAAGCUGGCUCGUCUCACAGAACUGCCGGGACCAACCUUCGACCUCUCACUAGUCUGUACACUCACUAUUUCUAAUAGACUGAUGUUCUCUCUCUAGCAUUGGCUACAGAUGAAGAGUCUCCUGAUGAAGCUGGCUCGGCUCACAGAACUGCCGGGACCAACCUUUGACCUCUCACUAGUCUGUACAAUCACUAUUUCUAACAGACUGAUGUUAUAUCUCUAGCCUUGGCUACAGAUGAAGAGUCUUCUGAUGAAGCUGGCUCAUCUCACAGAACUCAUGGGACCAACCUUUGACCUCUCACUAGUCUGUACAAUCACUAUUUCUAACAGACUGAUGUUAUCUCUCUAGCCUUGGCUACAGAUGAAGAGUCUCCUGAUGAAGCUGGCUCGUCUCACAGAACUGCCGGGACCAACCUUCGACCUCUCACUAGUCUGGACAGUCACGGCUUGGACACCGAGCUACCUCGUCCCCCUUCAUUCACGGACAUCCGGCUCAAUAACACUGGCAUUUAAAAACCACAGUAUCUUCUAGCACUAUUCGAUGUGAUGACCUGUAUGUUUGUGAUAAUACAAUAAAUCAAGGAUGUGAUAUCUCACUCUUAACAAACUCAGUACGAGUACUGAAUAAAUGGUUGUAUUGCAAAUAGAA